AGCUAAUACUUAGACACCUCUGGCACAAGCAAUUAUGUUUGUGUAUUGAAUAAUUGAUUCAAAGAGGGGGGAAGGGCUGCUAAUCAGAUCUGAGCAUAAUGAAUUGAUUUAAUUAACAGGGGAAUCCGAGGCUCUCUGGAAACUGCGCGCAUUUAUUCAGGAGCAGCAGAGGCGAGCGCGCCACACAAACUGGAAGAGAGGCGGCGCAAGUUUGCUUUUAGCAGUUGUCAGAUUUGCAAUUGGAUUUGUUUGAAUAUAGUUGCUGUUUGGGAGCAAAUGAGAGCGAGAAAGGGAGAACAUUAACAGGGAGGAGGAGAGAGCUCAGCCGUUCAGUCUGAGCGUCUGAUCCCACCGUGCGGUGCGCUCUCUUCCACAGAUAUUCCACAUUUACAUCGCUUUUAAUUGUUUUUUUCUUCAUUUUUUGCAGAUUUUUAAAAAAAUAUUUCUUCGCAUGGAAUUCAGGAGGAGCAUUCAACGCGGUCCGAUCGUUAUUUCUUCGCGUUACGCUCCAGCCCGGACAGCGGCUCCUCGUCGUGUUUAUCGCCGCAUUCCGCGUAUGAAAUAUUGUUAUUGAUAGGAGGAGGAGGAGAAAGGGGGGAAACGUUCAGAAGCCAAUUCGUCUUUCCAGGUUUUUUUCUUUUUUUCCCGCUGAUCGAGGCGUAGCCUUAGUCAGCCGCGCGUUUCAAAGCCAUUUCCAGGAGCGGAGCGAGCGAGCGGAGCAGCCUGCUGGAGCCGAGGACGGAUCGCCCGGGGAAGGACUCCUCGUUCCUCAGGACGAUGGUGUUGGACAAGGAAGAGGGUGUGCCGAUGCUCUCCGUCCAGCCCAAAGGGAAACAGAAGGGUUGCGCUGGCUGCAAUCGCAAGAUUAAAGACCGCUACCUGCUCAAGGCCCUCGACAAAUACUGGCAUGAGGACUGUCUCAAAUGUGCCUGCUGCGAUUGCCGUCUGGGGGAGGUGGGCUCCACCCUGUACACGAAAGCCAACCUCAUCCUCUGUCGUAGAGACUACCUAAGGCUCUUUGGUACAACAGGGAACUGUGCAGCGUGCAGUAAAUUGAUCCCAGCCUUUGAAAUGGUGAUGAGAGCCAGAGAUAAUGUUUACCAUUUGGACUGUUUUGCCUGUCAGCUUUGUAACCAGAGGUUUUGCGUGGGGGACAAGUUUUUCCUAAAAAACAACAUGAUUUUGUGUCAAAUGGACUAUGAAGAAGGCCAACUGAACGGCAGCUUUGAGACGCAGGUUCAAUAGUUGGAACCUUCAUGCAGCAACAGUCGGCUUCACACCUUACACGCCAGAUGGAUGUUCUGCUGCACUUAGAAAAAGACAAGCGUCCGUCUGCUUGCCUGCAAUACUUUUUAAGACACCUUUAUCAGUCCUUAAGGACUGUAUUGUAAAUGUUCAACUUUUUGCCCCUCCCACGCCCCCGUCAUCCCUUUGCCCCCAACAUUGAGCAGUUACAAAUUUUGAUGUACAGUUGUGCCUGCUUAGCUGAGCACUGUAUUGCUUGUAUGUUUUGUGAAAUUUGUUCAGGUUUGUUUUUCCUUUUCUUGAAGAAAUGGUUCACUGGAGGGUAUGUACAGUCUGUUUUCUCUGUAUAUAUAAACCGGAACAUUUAUUUUAUGAAAUGUAAUGCAAUUUUAUUACUAGUGUGAAUUAAAGAUUCUUAAAUGUUCA